GGAUCGAUUAAAUAAGCACCAGUUACGCAAUGGAAUCGAUGUAAUCGACUUACCCCUCCCCUCAAAUUUCAGGCCUUGUACCUAUAAUAGAAAGGAUUAUUAAAGGCCGUGAGUUGGCAGAAUCGUUAGCGUGCCGGGCAAAAUGCUUAGCGAUAUUUCGCCGUCGCUACGUUCUGAGUUCAAAUUCUGUCGAGGUCAACUUAGCCUUUCAUCCUUUUGGGGUCGAUAAAUUAAGUACCAGUUGAGUACUGGAGUCGAUGUGAUCGAUUGUCCCCCUCCCCACAAAAUCCAGGUUGUGUGCCUAUAGUAGAAAGGAUUAUUAUUAUUAUUAUCAUUAUGGAAAUUAAUGAAUAAUUGAAAUGUUUUCAUUGACGAUAUUAUAACGGGUACAUAACGCUUCUAAAUGAUCUGUUUAUGUAUGAGUGUGUGUGCAUGCGUGUCUGUAUGUACCUAUAUGUAUGUUUAUGUACGUAUAAAUGCAUGUGUAUAUAUAGGCGUGUUGAAUAUUCGAGAUACACUCUCUCAAGUUCAAGUGAUACUGACUGAGUUAUGUUAUGUUGUGUAAACUCAUGCCAACGCAUAUAAAGCUCACGACCACCGCAUAUCUACACGAAUAAAACUAAACGAUGACCGUGCUAUGCACUAUAAUUAUGAUUGUGUAAAUCCAUGUAAUCCUUAAUCCCAACAAAUCUAAGACCUGAUUCGACAUAUAUGGUCCUCCUGAUUAGCAGAGAUGCAUAGAUACGCAACACAGCACAUGAACACGUGAAGUAUUUUUUGUUAUUAUCAUGGGGAAGCAGAGUCGUAUCGGAAUGUGGUUGUAUGGGUUUUCCGGAAAAUACUCCCUCCUCGAUUCAACUCAACAAAUUGCUACAACAGUAUAUAUGUGAUAUAUAACACAGACACUCUCCCUCCUACUCUUAAUAGUGCAACUCGUACCCAGUAAAAAUGCCUAAAUCAUUGCUGGUAAGACGAAAUCGGUCGAAAGGCGUAUCCUACAACCACCACCACCACGACAACGAUGUUCCCACCCAUUUAAUCGAUGUCAUCACCGACACCACCACCACCACCACCACCACCACCACCACCACCGCUACUAUUUCCUCUAUCGCCACGACCGACAACACCACCACUGCCAUCACAACUACUCACACCACUACUGACGUCACCAAUCAAGGAUAUCAAUGUCUACCAAUACCGUUAGAACCCGGAUGUCGUGAUCACGACGAUAAUAAUAAUAAUGUGACGAAGUCAACGAUUGGAUGCAGCAGUUUUAUGGACUUUUGCUAUGGAAAUUUACCAAAUUUUCAGGAAAACUUCAAUACAAAUAACAAACAUUCUAGAAGUGAUUUUCAUGAAAUUAAAAACAGUUUAUAUUCCAACAACCCCGGUAAUAAUCAGAGUAACAGUCAGACUAACCCAGAUACUUUACAGACCGACGGUAAUUUACAGGAAAUGUAUUUUCUGAACAAAUUUAAGGAGAUGCCGUAUUUACAGGUGGCGCUGGUAAACGGUGGCAGUGGCUUUAGAAACCCAUUGUUAUCAGCAGUUCGACUGGAAAUCAACGCAACAAGUAAAUUCAGUGAGAAAACCACAGAUGAGAAGUUCCGCUGUAGCCUGUGCUCCAAAACUUUCCACACCCAACGUCUUCUCAAUCGACACAUUAAGUCACACAGUAACAUCAAACAAUACCUCUGUUCCUACUGCGGUAAAGGAUUUAACGAUACUUUUGAUCUAAAGAGACAUACAAGAAUACAUACAGGAGUCCGCCCAUUCAAGUGCGAGUUGUGCGGGAAAUCUUUCACACAGCGUUGUUCGCUGGAAUCUCACGGCCGAAAAGUGCACGGCCAGUCGGUCAACUACGGCCACAAAGAGCGGCGUACCAAACUCUAUGUGUGUGAGGAUUGCGGUAACACGACAGACAGACCAGAAAAUCAUUACCGACAUCUCAAACGCAAUCAUCCUUACAACCCGGUGUUAUCGAAAUUCUACGAUAAGAGACAGUUCAAGUUUACGGAUGAUCAAAUGCCGUUCAUUCUGUGUGAAAAUUCUUGAAGCAUCAAAUGGGUGGUAUGGGUGGAAUGGGGCGGAAGAAUUAAAGAUUGUGUGAGGAGAUGGUUCGGGGUUAUGAUAGCGGUGACUAUGAUGUUCCUGGUUGAGCCGAUUAACCACAUUUGACGAAUAUCACAAACAAGAGUAUCUAAAAUGUAUUAUAUUGAAAGUAUGAAGAACAAAAUUAGUGUAUGUUAUUGUUAAAACAUGUAGUUAUGUACUUAUGAAUGUAAGCAUGCAUGUGUGUGUGUGUGUGUGUGUGUGUGUGUGUGUGUGUGUGUGUGUGUGUAUACACACACACACAUAUAUACAUAUAUGUGUGUGUGCAUGCGCACGCGUGUAUGUGUGUACAUAAUACUAAAUGUAAAGUAAAAUAUUGUGUUUUAUUGAAGUUGAAAAACUUUACAAACUAAUGACAGAUUGACCUUUUGGAACAAUACAAUGGUUUAUAAAUGUUUAUAAAUGGUACAGUAAUUAUUAUUUGGUAAAUCAUCAAAUAAACAUUUAACGCUGAUUAGACAGGUAGUUAUGGAAUUUCAAAAUUAAUGGAAUGUGAUGGAUUAUAAGAUUGGCCGUUGACGAAAAACAAUACCUAAUAAAUGAGUAAAAGGUGAGUAAAAAUGAGAAAUGUAAAUUGUAUUAUGUAGAGCAAUAGUUGGCAUAUUUUGCAGCAAAGGAAAAAUACCUUUGUAGAAAUUAAGAAUUUAAGACGUAUAAAUCAUUAAGAAUGAGAUAAAAUGAAUAUUAAAGAUACAUAUAUAAGCCUGAGGUAGUAAACAGUGAGUGAAAAAGAGGCUGUCUAAGAUAAAAUAAAGGGUAAAAAAUGUAAAGGAAAAGGUAAUGUUUGAAGAAGGGAUGGGAAAGUUAAACGUUGAUAUAGGGGAGGGAUGAGCAAUUAGAAAGCAUACGCUACUUUUUGGGUGCGAUGAAAACAAAAAUAAAUCGGAAAUACGGGAAAAUGCCAAAACUGUUGCAGCUAUGGAAUUCUUAAAUUUCGUAUCUAUAGAAUGCACAACAAAAGUAUCCUGAAUGUAGUGAAAUGUGUUGCUGAUGGUUCAAUGUAAGUUGUCGGGUGUAGAAGAUGAUGCUGGUGUGAUGAAACGGCAUCGAAGGAAAAGGAUGAAGAAAAAAUAGGGAAGUGGUUUACAUUAUUUAUUUGGUCACAGUUGCAUUUACUUUGUUGGAUACUUGAAACAAAUAUGCGCUACAUAAAGUUGCCAACUACUUCGAGUCGGCGAAGUAAAAACGGAGGAAAGAUAAUAUUGAUGGGGCAAGGUAAUACAAGAGCCAUAUUUUGUGUCUGUGCGUGCGUUCAUCAUUCCGUUGGGUUGUGUCGUUUUUCUAUCUCGUCUUUUCGUGGUCUGCAACUGGUACUGUCUGGUCUCUUGGCUCACAGCGGUCACCAUCUCGAUCACGAAACUGCCUGUCUGGCUCGUUGCUGGCUAACUGGCGCGUGUCUACGGAACUGGUAUUUAUAGUUAGAAGGAUGGCUAUACCAUUAUAAGUGUGAGUUGUACCUAUUUAGGUUACUUGUCCUGAACUUUCUGUCACACAGCCCAUUGCUACAGACAUUGACAUUUUUGAUGCCGAGGCCGCUUCUACUGAACAGAUACUGUAUAUAAUUAUUUCUCCCUACUACGUAUUGUUAAUGGUUUUAUUUAUAUUUUGUUAUUAUCACUUUGGAUACUUUGGAUGACUUCUUGUUCUAGCAUCGAUUUCUUCAGAUCAUCAUGUUUCAUCUUCACACGAUCCAUUUUGUAAUGCUUUAAUAAUUUAUAAUAUUUGACUUUACUUCGCUUUUCAUCGAUCAUGCAUAUAGCUUAUAUGGUCAAUAUAAAGAUCUUCACCCGGGAACCAAAAAGAUAAUAAAUAAACCAGCCUGGUGGGUGUUAACAAGUAUGUAGAGUACGAAUAUGAAAAAAAAAAUGCGCGCUGACGACCAUGGGGGUGGGGGCGAGGAGGGGACUUUCGGAAAAUUCACAAGAUCCGAUUUUUCCGUCAUAACUUCC